GGCGGGAAAAAGGAUCCCCAAAGGCUGGGCAGUGUGUGGGAGGGAGUCUGCCUGCUCUGACCCGCCCUCAACUCCUCGUCCUUCUUGGGGCUUCAGAGCCAGCCCUGGGCGGCUGGGAAGAGCAAGAGGCGGGAGCCUGCCUGCCUGCCUCUCUCUCGGGCGCAGUUUCCCUGCUGGCCCCUGACUGGCCUGGGAGCUCUUUCCAGUGGCCCUCCUUGGCCCCCGGGACAGGGUUCCCCAGCCCCACAGCAAGGAGGGCCCCAAGGAGAAGCCCCCUCCCGGGUCUGCAAGGAGGAGGAGGAAGAGAAGAGUGCUCCCUCGGGGGGGGGGGUUUGGAGGGGUCCUUCUUCAGCUGGAGGAGGAGGAGGAGGAGGACCCUUCCCAUUCCUCCCCCUCUUCCUCUUGUCCCGGUAUCCUUCCUGCCAGUUCAGACGGAGGGCUACUUCACUUGCGCGCCUCCCAGGCGGAUCACAAAAGGAGGCAGCGUUGCUGCUCCAAGGCUUCCAAGAGUGGCCUGAGCCAUGGAAACUUGGCAGAGGAAGCUUUUCCUGGUAUAGAAGGCAGAAGCGGUGAGAAACGUGUCACUUGUUCGGCUUGCCCAGUGUUUGUUUGGCUGCUCCAAAAGGUGAAACAGCAGAAGCAGCUAGAUGCAUUCCAGCCCCACUGAGGAAAAAGUUGUGAAGCAAUGGAAAGACCUAAGCAAAAUGAACUCUUUGAAGCAGCCACUCAAGAAGACAAGGAAGAGGAUGGAACCAUCUCUGGUCCCUCAUCACCUCCUGUGUUCUUGAACAAUAUGGAAGACCUGCAUGUGGAGAUGCUGGAGAAGGCCAGGGAGCUCUUCCGGCUCUGUGACAAAGAGGAGAAGGGCUUCAUUACCAAAGCUGACAUGCAACGGCUACAGAGUGAACUGCCCCUCACCACUGAACAGCUAGAGGCUGUUUUUGAUAGCCUAGAGCAAGAUAAUAAUGGUUAUCUCACCCCAGUUGAAUUCAGCAUGGGACUAGGGAAGUUCAUUGGAAUUGAGCAGUACCAAAGCUCUGAAAUCACCAGGCAUGAGGAGACAUUUGAAUCUGGUUGGUCAGAUGACUUGGACCAGACUGAUGAGGAGGAAAAAAGAUUUUUCUCCUUUCUGGAGCAACUUGAAGCAUCUCAGGUCUUUGAAGAUCAGUGUGAGAUCCAGGAGCUUUGGACUCGACUCCGGAAAGAACAACCAGAGCUCUUGGCCAGUUUUGAAGAAUUUCUCUUCCGCAUUUCCUCAUACCUCAGGGAUGUACAACAGGAAAAGGAGUCUGUGGAGCUGGCAUUAAAACGACGGGAGACAGACCAUGACAGAGAAAUCAGGUGCCUCUACGAAGAAAUGGAGCAGCAAAUUAAGGCAGAAAGGGAACAGCUGCUCUGCCAGGUAAACUCCUUCCCCAGCUUUUGGACUAUAACUCCUGCGUUGGAGGCUGCUUCCCCACAUGUUGGAUCACUAUUGCAGUUUUUGCAAGAGCUCUAGGGACCUGAUUCUGUGGAGGUCACUGGAAGGAAGAAAAUAAACAUUAUUAUCUGUUCUUUGCAGGAAUCCACAAGGCAGGACAAGAGCAGCCUGCUUCAGAAGGAGCUGCGGAACAAAGAACAAGAAUUUGAAAAAAUGCUCUAUCAUCAGAAAAAGCUGGAACUUCAGUUACAGUCUCAGAACUCUGAGCAUCUGGAGAUGAGGGUGCAAAAUGAGAGGCUACAGAUUCUGAACGAAAACCUCCUGGACCAGCUGGAGAGAAACAAGUGGGAGCUGGAGGUAGCCCAAGGUCACCUUCAGCAGCUACAGAAAGAAGCCCAGCUAGAGCAGGAGCAGAAGAACAGGGAUGUAUUUAGAGUCUCUAAAAAUAUGCAGAAAGAAAAACAAAGCCUCCUGAGACAACUGGAGCUUCUUAGGGAGAUGAACAAGAAGCUGAGAGAUGAAAGGGAUGCCUUUGAAGCCAAGAAGCUGGCAGCGGUCGAGAGGAAGAAAUCCCUGUUGAAGAAAGGGUCAGUGAUAGGCAAAUACCUAGAGGAGGAGAAGCCAGUCAAACGUCAGCUUUUUCCUGGAGAUUUUCCCAUUGUCCUGCCAGAAGAUAUUACCGUGGAAGAACCUACCAAGAAAAAUGUAUUCUUCCUGACCCACAUGGCCAAUUUGAAGGCUGGAAGAGGAGCUAAUCCAUUGAUGGAAAAAUGUCCAGCCCCUAGGAAAACAACAGAAAAGCAGACCUGCAAAAACAAUGGGAUACCAAGGUCUCUGAAAAGCAAUAUAAACAAGCAAGAGAUAGGGCAUGAGCCCACAACCUCUUUUGUUCCCAAGAGGGCAGCUGUUGGCAAUGAAACUGAGAGAUUUGAACUCACUGGAUCUUCUCCUGACCGUGUCUUCAAGGUGGUAUUUCUUGGUAAUUCCGGGGUUGGGAAGAGCUCCUUCAUCCACCGCUUCUGCUACAACAGAUUCUUGACUGAGAUCAGCUCCACCAUUGGCAUUGAUUACCGGGUGAAGAGUUUGAUGGUUGACAACAUGGAGGUGGUUUUGCAGUUAUGGGAUACAGCUGGGCAGGAAAGAUUCCGGAGUAUCACCAAGCAGUAUUUUCGAAGAGUGGAUGGCAUCCUGGUCAUGUAUGACAUCACAGCUGAAUGCACCUUUGCUGCUGUCCAGAACUGGAUGACAUGUGUCCAGGAUGGAAUUGAAGAUGGUGCAGUGAUAUUUCUACUUGGAAACAAAAUUGAUACAGUGGACAAACGUAAACCCAAAGUACCCAGAACUGCAGGAGAAAGGCUAGCAAAGGAAUAUAAGGCUGUUUUCUACGAGUGCAGUGCAAUGAGUGGCUAUAAUAUUCUGGAGCCCAUGCUGCAUAUGGCAAGACUCCUAACAGCGCAUGAGGACAAACAGAAAGAGUGGGCAGUGCACCUGCAGGAACACAACCAUGAAAAGGGAUGCUGUUUGUAACAGACCUUCAUUCAAGAACACAUCAGAAAAUGUAUGAGUUGGAGAGACAGAAUGAGCUUUUUCUGAGCAAGAUAUAGAUAGAUGUUACUGGCAGUGUUGGAACUGCUGGAAGAUUAACUUUGUUUUUCUUAGAAAAAACUGACAUGACAUCAUUUGUAGCUGCCAGUCACCCACAUAUUGUUCAUGUUGCUUCAGGACUUGGUCUGAGUUACGGCUCAGGGAUGUAGCAUUUAUUAGCUUGUUUAUAAAACUGUACAGGUUCAUUUUACCAGUUUGUACAAACGUACUUAGAAACACCAGGAAAAAUAUGUGUAUAAAUAAUUACAUUGGAUCCAUUUAAGUAUAAAUAGA